ACGCACAGAGUUAAAGACGAUGUUAUUGGGCGAGCCGGAUUUUCCGGCAGUUGUCAAGCAACGAAAAAGGUUUUCGAGGAGGCGUAACAUUAAUCAUGGCACAGGUAUGUACGAGCGAGGACUCGGGGUCAAAAUCUUUUUUCCUUCUGAAAGAACGAUGAUCCACAAUGGAACUCCUCGGAAUCCUGCUUGCUUGCUUGCGCUUACAUCUGAUCGAUCGAAGAAAGGAUCGUCCUGAAAAGUUACCGGCUCCUUUCUACUACCCAUCUCGGGGACCUAUUAAAUCUUGGACUCGAAUUCCGAAGGAUCUUGUUCUAAAAGAACCACCGACACGAUAUUUUUCGAGAGAAAUGUUUAUGAAUAGCCGGGCCUCGGAUCCGCGCCGCUUAAAUUUGUGUCAAAAUUUUUUUCAAUUUCCUAUUUUAGCCGCUGACACUAUGAAAACAGCGCUUUUUUCUUCCUCGUUGUUCCCCCCCCCCCCCCCGACACUUGCCUCUAUCGACCGCGUUUGAUAUUUCCAAAAAUAUGGUCGACUCCUGCGCCUCGAAUUCACCUUGCGCUACGUUUAAAGCUUUGUAAAUGCAGCGACUCGUCUUUUUCGCGAUAAAACAAAUGUCGGGCAAUAUGGAAUUUCCUAAAUGUAGUUUGCGGUUCGACGAUGAGUCGACUGAUUUAAUUGACUAAUGAAUUCCAUGUUUCCGUCUUUCUCUCUCUCUCUCUCUCUCUCUGCCACUGCCUCUCUUUUCGUAGGAUCCCUUAGAUAGGGGAAAAGGGAGAUAGAAGGAAAAGAUCGAGCGUAAGAAUCGGUAGUACUCAUAAGCCAGCCGGGAUAUAACAGGUAAAACAGGUUUGUGGGCGUCCUGAAACGUGGGCUACCUGCAUCGUUUCUCGGAGGGGUCCUUCUUCAAACUCGCCUGCCGAUUCUUGCGGAAGAAAACGGAAGAAAGGGGAGAAACGCGGCACCUAUGCACCUGUUCGUUAAGUAACGACGAUUAACGUCUCGAAACAGCCGCUCCGUGAUUUUAUCAUCGAGGAAACUAUGACGCGUGUAUACAAGCGGCAAGAAAUUUCAAUUUUUUUUCUCACCCGACAUGCUUGUAGGGAGAAACGAUUCGGACAAGAGAUUGUUUCACGUAAACGAUUGAAAGCGAUCCGUUGCGAUUAAUAUCGCGACGAAUCGAAAAAUGUAGGCGAGUUGGACGACAACUGUAAAGCGAUAAAUCUCCAAACUGUCUUCACCAUCGUUGGACGAUCGUUCGAUUUACUACGAUUAAUUUAUUGCUCGCGAUAUGACGGCGAAUGCUAUGACGAAUUAGAUUAAACGUAACGCAAGUUUCUACCGCGCGAACAAAGUUUCCAUGGUUUUAUGUAAAAUUGUUUGUACGAUCGAACCUACGGAUUUUUCGUUUUGUUAUCUAAUCGAUUGCCGUUACGCGAGGCGGUUUAUUACACAUGGACAAUUUUCGACUUGCGACUCGCGAAAUUUCGCUAAUGAUAUUAAUUCGUCGAUUAAUCAUCGUCGAUAAUAUCCUAAAGGUUAAAUAAAAAUUCGGAUAAUAAAGAAAGAGAGAUUACUCUUUUUAGAGGUCGUUGGGAUAUCGACUCGUUAUAUCUUAUCGGCUUGACAGAAUUAUUUGACGUGACUACUUUUCGUCGGAUUCGGUAAUCUAACGUUUCGUCAGGUCGACAGACACCUUUUCGGCCACGAAACUCGAAAAUUCCUUCGGUUACACGAAAAUAAAUUGAAUGCCACCUCGCCAGUUCGUUAACCCCAGGUCGGUUCUCGUUCGUGGUUUAACAAGUUCAAGCGUUUUUCCAACGUGACGAAUUCGCGCAUUGUACAGAUACGCGGAUCGCGACAAAACGUUCGUACGGAUAUCUUAAAAAAUUUGGCUUUUUCUCGAACCCGGAACAAUCGUCGGGUUUUACGCAACUCGGAAACUAUGAACUUUCUCUUGGAAGCGCAACAUUUUUCCAAUUGCAACGUUGGUCCUAAAUUUAAAUAACACAUGAUCGAAUCUAUCCGGCGAUAAAUGAACAUCUCGGUUGUACGAUCGAUGAUCUUUCUCUGCUGAUACAGCGAACGGAAACUAUAAUUUAAAGGAGACAUUUGCAAUUUCGAAGAGAUGAACGCAUAGACGAUGCAAAUUUCGCUACUAAUUCGAUGGAAAACGAAAACGGAGAGGCGAAAAGAAAAGAGAUAUAAUAAAUGGGCAUCGAUUGGAAAAAGUGGGGUUCGACCUCGGGGAGACGUCGGAGCUGGUGGCAAAAAGGUAGGUUCGCGUCGACAGUGAGGAUCGCGAUUACGAGGAAGCUACGAGGAAGUCGGUGAAGCCCCCUCCAACGUCCUAUGGUAUUUCCCACUCGAUUACAACGCUUCGAUUAUUUCCGUUCGCGCCGUAUAACCGGCCAUCUAUUCGUCCUCGUCGGACUCGAAGGGUCGCGCGUUCCGGUGGUCCAUUUGUCUCCGUUCGUCGAACGCGUUAUACGGCGCGGCAAGUCCGGCGCAUGCGCACCAUCGCCAGUCUCUCAUGGCGCGCGCGAGAGGAGUGGGGUGUGUGGCGGCAAGCUUCCAGCGGAGAUCGCAACUUGCGGCUCAGUCGCUCGCCAGCUCCGACACUCCGUGAGUGGAUCUUGUCGCGUAGUCGUUGUCGCGCCUCUGAAAGACUCGAGUCGUGUCCGAAGUGAAAGGAAAUCCGUUUCGCGUAUCCUCCUCGAAUUCGUCUACCGCUCGCCGUAGACCCGCGGUAACCACCUGUGGAGAAAAUAGGGUAAAAAAGACGGAAAGAAGAGGAGAGGAGAGAGGAGAAGAGAAGAAAAGAGAAGAGAAGAGAAGAGUAGAGAACGGCAGAGAGGGAGAGUGAUAUUCGAGUGGUGCCGACUGUGAUACACUUAGCCGCGUAGAUAGCUCUGUGAUAUACGCGUAUACACACAUGGAUAUUUCGAUAGCUGUGGACUUUUCUCGUACGGACACCGAAAGCCGAUAUUCGCGUACAGAUAUCCGCUGAACGUUUAAUCGUUGUUGUUGAACGGGGAUCUCUGGUUGUGUGCGAGCAACAUAGGGGAUCCGUACGAUUAGCGGGGAUAUUGGAAUGGGUGUAUAAAUAAAUACGUAGAAGGUGCGGAAGAACGGAGAGGUAAAGAGGGACGGACGGACGGACGAACGGAGAGAGAUAGAGAAGAGCAGCGGAAGAAAAGAUACACGUGCGCGUGGUCGGUGUCUCGAGGAUACCUGUGGAUGCCAGGCUGUAGUCGCGACGUAUUAGGGCGCGGAUUUCUGCCCGAUGACCGCCGAGGGGAUUCGCUUCGACUCGCUAACCGAUCUACACCAUUGAUAUUACGCCGCAUCGGACGGUUUAUCGGCUAAGCCGCGAUCGAGCCGAAAACCCUUCGAAUCAUGACAAAUGCUCCUUGGUAUAUCUCUAACCAGACACUUCACGAACGUCUUAAGAUCCCAUCCAUCAAACACGUAAUUGGACUGGAUGCAGUAAAAUACGAAAACCGAAAUACAAGUCAUGGAGAAGGAAUCCCCAUAUUAAGAAUGCAAGAGGAAGAUACUUUUCGCCGCUGCGCACGCUUCCAUCGACGAGGGCCUCGCGUUCCUGUCCCUUUUCGAUUCCAAGGAAAAUCGGUUAUCGUAUCGAGACGUUCCGGAAACGAUCGGCUCGGUACCGGCGUUCUCGUAAAAGGCGUUUGCGCCAGAUAAGCACCCAAAGCUACGUAAACUCCCGUUUAAACGAUCAUCUACGCGGCGUUGCGAGGAAAUCUGUGUAAUCGGUGAUUUACGUGGCGCAUGUGCGAUAGAUCAUCGUGCAGUUGGAGCGUAACGAAAAUUAUAGAGGAGAGGAAAGAAGAUAGAGAGAAAAACGUGUUAUGAAAUUGUUGCCGUCGAUUCAGCUGCCGCAAUUGCCACCGGUCUCGGCCGGGGGUGGAAUGACGGGGAUGGACUCUCGACUACCACCGGGUAUAUCUCUGCCUUUUAGCCCGACGGAGCUGCUCUGGCGAUACGGACCUGCCAUGAAUUUUCCACCCACUCAUCCGCCACCGAGUCCCUUUCUCGAUUUCAAGACGCAUCUACCAGCUAGUUUGGCUUCGGAUCCACGGCUAUGGUCUCGCGAGGAUGUGGCGACGUUCCUGCGAUGGGCCGAGCGAGAAUUCGACCUACCCCAAUUCGACAUGGACAUGUUCCAAAUGAACGGCAAGGCGCUCUGCCUGCUGACAAAGGCGGAUUUGGGAGAGAGGUGUCCAGGCGCUGGCGACGUGUUGCACAACGUGCUGUCGAUGCUGGCCAGAGACUUUAGCCAACUUCAAAGAUGUCUUCCCAGCAGUCCAGUGACGCCUACGAGACCGUCCGCGUAUCCCCUCAGCCCCCAUUCGCAUCCUCCUACCCCAACGUGGACGGAGAACCCGUACACGGCGAAUCUGGCCUCGUUGAUGUCGGCGAAUUCGGUGACGCUGUCCCCGGCGCCCUCGGUCGACAGUCAAGCGGGUUCGCCGGGGCACACGGAAGGUACACAGAGUCAGGUUUACAAAAGCGACUCGGACGAGGACAAUCAACAGGCGGCGACGGGAAGCCCACCGGCCACCCCGACCGCCCUCGCAGCGCAGAGGUUAAGCGAAGUUUGCGUCAAGGAUCAGCCCAGUCCCACGUUAACGCAACCGAUGAUGCCUCUGACGCCCGGUGCCUUCAGAACGAACCCUGCCAGCGCUGCGAGAGAAUUUUUCCCCAGCGACUCCCCGGAACCCAACACGAAUGGUAGACUUUUGUGGGAUUUUCUGCAACAACUUUUGAACGAUCCGUCGCAACGGUAUACGCACUACAUUGCGUGGAAAAGUCGGGAAACGGGGGUAUUUAAAAUCGUUGACCCCCCUGGACUCGCGAGGCUUUGGGGCAUCCAGAAGAAUCAUCUUUCCAUGAAUUACGAUAAAAUGAGUAGAGCCCUCCGAUACUAUUACCGAGUGAACAUCUUGCGAAAGGUCCAAGGAGAACGACACUGUUACCAGUUUCUGCGAAAUCCAACGGAGCUGAAGAACAUAAAGAACAUAUCUCUGCUGCGUCAGCAAAUGCGGAUAAAGUCAGAGCCGGAAGAAGAAGGCGGAAGUGGCGUCGAGCCGGAAAUCGAUAUGCCGACGGACCUCUCCAUGUCUAGUAUGAGUCAGCCAUCCAGCGAGCAACAACAACAACAACAGCAGCAACAGCAGCAGCAGCAACAGCAGCAACCUCUGUCUCUUCACGAUCCACCCGCAAAGUAUAGAAGUCACGCGUAUAAUCUCGUGAAAACUAAUCAAGAGUCCGAAGAGAAAAAGUGACGCGAGACGUAGCCCCGACCCGACUGUGCGUUUUUAACGCCAACCGAGUCAACGGAUCUUGUACUAUAGAACGUCGUACUCGUUAUUUGAUCAGAGACGAUCGUGUUCCGAGAUGAUGCGAAAAAUAUCGAUGUACUUUCUGUUAAAUACGCGAGCUAUCUUGACAAAGUCACUCUAGCCUUCGCUGUCGGAAUGACACACGCAUCUAGGGAUAUUCGUUGCCGUACAAACAUCGCUAGAUCGUAAUUUUUCAGCCACUGUUCAAAUAAGAUCCGCGAACAAGUCAGUUACAAACUGGCGAUCGAGUUGCGAUCGAUGUUUACAGGGCAAAUACACGACGAAAGACUGAUAAAUAAAAAUAUCGUGCGAGUUACCGCGUCAAGCGACGAAAAGAACGGUGUCCAAAGCAGCAACGACGUUGCCUCGGCCAUGAUUAGCCGAUGACACGCCUCGAAUGGUAAACUGCAUCACGAUGCGUUAUUAUUUCGACGUUGGCCGCAACUUCGAACAACGUCCAAUCGACUUUGAAUCGGGCUCGAGGAUGAGCAACGAACAAACAGCGGUCCAUCGAUUUCCACCCGUUUCGAAUAUAUAAUUGGCUGCGCGGAACCUUGUCAAGGACGCCAGGAGCCAAUUGUCGUGCUACAAUUGUGGAGGACGCUUCAGUGAAGCUUGAACUUUUCGCGGAUAUUCCGCCAUCCGUUUUCCAUCCUUCGUGUGAACGCACGUGUGCGAGUGUGAAACGUUUCUCGCUUCUACAACGAACUACUUUAGAAAUGCUUAUCGAGCGUUAUCGACGAACGUACAAAACGGUGUUCGGGAAACGAUCCAGCUAUUUUAUUCCAAAGUUCUUCUGUGAUGUAAACUUUAACCUGAAAGUAAAUUUUCCCGGGGUAAGAUAUACUUUUAAGUAUAACUAGAGAUUGGAUUUAUCCAACAUUCUCUUAUUUGAACGAAGGAAAGGAAAAGGAAAAGGAAUUGUUGCGAGCAACAAUUGAUAUUAGUUUAAAAUUAACGUAAUAUAGCUCAAAUCGUUUAAAGAGGAUCCAAUGUUACGCGGUCCGUUUUCUAAAUAACUAAAUUUGAGAAAAUUUCGAAACUAGUUUCCCGUUGCACCGACUCAGUUGUGCCAAUCUAAUCGUCGGUAAUUACGUACAUAUUAGCGUUUAGUUUAGUGUGCUGUAUAAAAGGAAACAAAAGGGGAAAAUGACGCGAUCACCGCUUCAAGUGGUCAAAACGAUACUGAAGAUCGUUUGUAUCCCUACAUCUAUAGUAGAUACUUGUACAUAAAUUGACGAGCUAUUGAGGAAAAAAAAAUAUAUAUAUAUAAUAAACUCUAUAAAAGCAGACAAAAAUGUGCGAGAGUUUUAAGGAAUUCGGGGCCAGAGUUAUAUAUAUACAUAUAUAUAUGAAUAUAAAUUUAUGUAUAAAUAAAUCUCUAUAUAUAUUAUAUAUAUAUAUAUAUAUUUUAGUACCGAAGAGAAAUUUAUAAUCGAAAUUUCUACGUUCGUUGUCGAUGCGAUUGUGACUCACAUUCCUCGCCAACGGAACCUAGACUUUAAACAAAAAAAGAAAAAAAAAAAAAAGAAAAAGAGAAAAAAAGAAAAAGUAAAAAAGGUAUGUAACUAGGGACCGAAGGCGUGUGUAUGAUUAGAAAGUGGUUUUAAGAUCGUAUUUUUUACAAAAGACUCACAUACAAACGGGACAGAAAGUAUGGAAAAGUUCUUACGAGUGAAUCAAUGUACGUUUACGUAUGUGCGAAUGAGUGAGCGUGCGCAAGAAAGUAAGACAAGGAAAGACAAAUAAGUCUGCAAAUAUGAAAAGUGCAUUAGCAAGCAAGAGAUUUAUAUAACUAAAGAAAAAAAAAAAACCGUUGUAUUUCGCUAUUUGUAUACUGUGAUCUACGUGAAGUUUUUAUCAUAAAAAGAUGCAAAUGCAUAACAAACAAUCGUGUAUAUAAUUUUCAUGAGAGAACAAUUUAUAUUAAUGAUAAAUAUAUUGAAAUACACAUA